AUGGCUACCGGCAGAAGGAAGGAGAGGGAGCAGUGUCCACUUUUGGAUUAAAGCAUCGUUUGUGACAUAUGGAUGUACACGGCGACUUAAUUGACACAUUGGAGGUUAUCAUCAGCGCCAGAACCGAAGUAUUUUGCCGUAAACGCCGCUUACUGGGCAGCCUUUGCCCUGACAAAGCCGCUCAAGAUGAACAUGGUGAAGAGGAUCAUGGGGCGGCCGAGGCAGGAGGAGUGCAGCCCCCAGGACAACGCGCUGGGCCUGAUGCACCUGCGACGUCUGUUCUCCGAGCUGUGCCACCCUCCUCGCCACAUGACCCAGAAGGAGCAGGAGGAGAAGCUCUACAUGAUGCUUCCUGUGUUUAACAGGGUCUUUGGGAAUGCUCCACCCAGCAGCAUGACGGAGAAGUUCUCCGACCUGCUGCAGUUCACCACCCAGGUCUCACGACUGAUGGUGACCGAGAUCAGGCGAAGGGCCUCUAAUAAAUCAACAGAGGCAGCCAGUCGAGCCAUAGUCCAGUUCCUGGAGGUGAACCAGAGUGAGGAGGCGAGUCGCGGCUGGAUGCUUCUGACCACGAUCAACCUGUUGGCCUCCUCCGGACAGAAAACCGUGGAUUGCAUGACGACCAUGUCUGUACCCUCCACACUGGUCAAAUGUCUCUACCUGUUCUUUGACCUACCCCACAUGGCUGAAGCCCCGGUGGGGCCCACCCCGCAGCCGCCACCGCCACCGCCCCCACCCACGCAGGAGAAGACCCCAGGCCAGGGCCACACCCAGCCAGAGCUGCCCCUGGCCGAUCGUAGGGCGCUGCUCCAGAAAGUCUUUGUCCAGAUCCUGGUGAAGCUCUGCACCUUUGUGUCUCCAGCGGAGGAGCUGGCCCAAAAGGACGACCUCCAGCUGCUGUUCAGUGCCAUCACCUCCUGGUGUCCCCCACAUAACCUGCCCUGGAGGAGGAGCGCCGGGGAGGUGCUCACCACCAUCUCCCGACACGGCCUCAGCGUCAAUGUGGUCAAAUACAUACAUGAGAAGGAAUGCCUGGCCACGUGUGUCCAGAACAUGCAGCAGUCUGAUGAUCUCUCCCCACUGGAGAUUGUUGAGAUGUUCGCCGGCCUCUCCUGCUUUCUCAAAGACUCCAGCGACGUGUCACAGACCCUGCUGGAUGAUUUCCGAAUGUGCCAGGGUUACGCCUUCCUCUGCGACCUCAUGCUCAGGCUGGAACAGGCCAAGGAGGACGAAUCGAAAGACGCACUGAAGGACCUGGUCAACCUGGUCACCUGUCUGACCACAUACGGGGUGACAGAGCUGAAACCUGCCGGCCUGACAACCGGAGCGCCCUUCCUGCUGCCUGGCUUUGUUCUCCCUCAGCCUUCUGGGAAAGGACACACAGUGCGUAAUAUCCAGGCCUUUGCGGUACUCCAGAACGCCUUCCUGCGGGCCAAAACAAGCCGUCUGGCCUGUAUGCUGCUGGACGCCAUUGGAAACAUCUACGCAGCAGAGCCGGCCAACUACUUCAUCCUGGAGUCGCAGCACACCCUGUCGCAGUUUGCAGAGCGCGUGGCCAAGCUCCCAGAGGCCCAGGCCAAGUACUUUGAGCUGCUGGAGUUUGUCGUCUUCAGCCUCAACUACGUGCCGUGCAAGGAGCUGUUCAGUGUCAGCAUGCUGCUCAAGUCGAGCACGUCGCACGCCUGCAGCAUCACCGCCGUCCGGACUCUGCUGAAGCUGGCCAAGCACGACCCGGUGUUCAGCGACGUGCUGCGGGAGGUCGGCCUGCUGGAGGUGCUGGUCAACCUGCUGCACAAGUACGCUGCCUUGCUCAAAGACCCGGCCACACAGCACCAACCACACAAUAAUGACCAAGCUGACUGCAAAAACAACACAGUGGCUGAGGAGCAGAAGCAGUUGGCCUGGCUGGUGAUGGAGACACUGACUGUGCUCCUGCAGGGCUCCAAUACCACCAACACUAAUGCAGCCCUUUUCAGGGAGUUCGGUGGCGCUCGUUGCGUUCACAACAUCGUGAAGUACCGUCAGUGUCGGGAUCACGCCCUGCUCAUCAUCCAGCAGCUCGUGCUGUCGCCCAGCGGCGACGACGACAUGGGAACGCUGCUGGGCCUCAUGCACUCUGCACCGCCCAGCGAACUGCAGCUAAAGACAGACAUACUGAGGGCUUUGUUGGCAGUGCUGCGUGAGAGCCACCGCACUCGGACGGUGUUCCGCAAGGUGGGUGGCUUCGUCUACGUCACCUCUCUGCUGGUGGCCAUGGAGCGCUCGCUGUGCCAGCCGCCACGACACGGCUGGGAGCGCGUCAACCAGAACCAGGUGUUUGAGCUCCUGCACACCGUCUUCUGCACGCUCACCGCCGCCAUGCGCUACGAGCCUGCCAACUCGCACUUCUUCCGCACCGAGAUCCAGUUUGAGAAGCUGGCUGAUGCUGUGAGGCUGCUGGGAUGUUUCUCAGACACUAAGAAGCUGGGCCCUACAGCCGUGUUCCCCUCAAACGCUCAGCCUUUCCAGAGGCUGCUGGAGGACGAGGCUGCCCCUGGAGGCUGCACCGGAGACAGCGUCUGUCCCACGCUCAAACACUGCAGCAAGCUCUUCAUCUACCUGUACAAGAUGGCCACCGACUCUUUUGACAGACAUGGUUACUAUGGUACGUCAGGCCCUGCUACCCCAGUCAAAGCCCUCGCAGACCUGAAACUCCACCUGACAAACCCCUCCCACCCCGCUUCUUCCUCGUCCUCAUCCGACAUGGUGGUCAUCCACCCAGGGGCUGUCCUGGCCAUGCUGGACCUUCUGCCCUCUGUCUCCUCCGACGGCCAGCCAGAGCAUGCCCUCGACCUGCAGCUGGCAGUGGCCAACAUCCUCCAGCUCCUGGUGAACAGUGAGAGGAACCAGCAGGUGUUGUGUGAAGCCUGCCUCCACCAGCGGCUGUUGCAGCGCUGCAGUCAGGCCCUGGGCGAUGAAGACCACCCACUGCACCCGCCGCUGCAGAGGAUGUUUGAGAGGCUGGCCUCGCAGGCCCUGCAGCCCAUGGCACUCAGGGAGUUCUUACGUCUUGGAAACCCUCUGAACUGUGGCGCCUGGGACAAGAAGCUCCUGAAGCAGUACCGGGUCCACAAACCGAGCUCUCUCAGCUACGACGCCGAGAUGAGAAACAGUAUGACCAUGUCCAUGGAGGGCUUCGGCCCCGACAGCGUCUUCGCCACCCCGGCAGAGGAUAACGGCCAGUACCGCAUCAGCCGCAGCCUGGUGCGCUCCGCCGAGGGCAGCACCGUACCCCUCACCCGCGUCAAGUGCCUGGUGUCCAUGACAACGCCCCAUGACAUCCGCCUACACGGGUCGGCCGUCACGCCUGCGUUUGUGGAGUUUGACACCUCACUGGAGGGCUUCGGGUGCCUGUUUCUGCCCAGUCUGGCCCCUCACAACGCUCCCACCAACAACACCAACGCCUCAGGUGUCAGCGACGGAGCAGUGCUGAGCGGGAUGGGUACAGGAGAGCGCCUGUUUCCUCCUCCGUCAGGCCUGAGCUACUCCACCUGGUUUUGCGUGGAGCGUUUCAGUGCGGCUCCUCAGGCCCACCCGGUGCGGCUGCUGACAGUCGUCCGUCGGGCCACCUCGUCUGAGCAGCACUACGUCUGCCUGGCUGUGGUGCUGUCGGCCAAAGACCGUUCGCUCACCGUCUCCACCAAGGAGGAGCUGCUGCAGACCUACUCGGAUGAGUCGAGUGAAGAAGCCUCCUUCUAUGAGAUCUUGCCCUGCUGCGCUCGCUUCCGCUGCGGCGAGCUGAUCGCUGAGGGCCAGUGGCACCACCUGGUGCUGGUCAUGAGCAAAGGCAUGCUGAAGAACAGCAUGGCCACGCUGUACGUCGACGGCCAGCUCAUCAGCACUGUCAAGCUCCACUACAUCCACAGUGCCCCGGGCGGCUCUGGCUCCACCAACCCUCCCGUAGUGAGCACUGUGUACGGGUACGUGGGCACGCCGCCGGCCCAGCGCCAGCUCUCCGGCCUGGUGUGGCGCUUGGGGCCCAGCCACUUUCUGGAGGAGGUCCUUCCUGCCACCAGCGUCGCUGCCAUCUAUGAACUGGGGCCCAACUACGUGGGCAGCUUUCAGGCUGUCUACCUGCCCUGUAAAGACUCAAAGACAGAGGUGGCACCUGCCUCCCCGGUGGCGUUGGUACCAGAGGAGAAGGUGUCCUUCAGUCUCUACGCUCUCUCUGUGUCCACGCUCACUGUGGCCAAGAUCAGGAAGGUCUACAACAAACUGGACAGCAAAGCCAUCGCCAAACAGCUCGCUGUGUCCUCUCAUGAAAAUGCCACUCCGGUCAAGCUGAUUCAUAACGCUGCCGGCCACCUGAACGGGGCGGCCCGGACCAUUGGAGCCGCCGUCAUCGGAUAUUUAGGUGUCCGUGCCUUCGUGCCCAAACCCGUGGCCACCAACCUGCAGUAUGUGGGUGGGGCGGCGGCCAUCUUAGGACUGGUUGCCAUGGCGUCAGAUGUGGAGGGGCUGUAUGCGGCCGUCAAAGCCUUGGUGUGUGUUGUUAAGAGCAACCCGCUGGCCAGUAAGGAGAUGGAGCGCAUCAAAGGCUACCAGCUGCUGGCUAUGCUGCUGAAGAAGAAGCGCCCACUGCUCAACAGCCACAUCCUCCACCUCACCUUCUCCCUGGUGGGAACGGUCGACAGCGGCCACGAGACCUCCAUCAUUCCCAACUCCACCGCCUUCCAGGACCUGCUCUGCGACUUCGAGGUCUGGCUCCACGCUCCCUACGAGCUCCACCUGUCUCUGUUUGAACAUUUCAUCGAGCUGCUGACAGAGUCCAGCGAGGCGGCUAAAAAUGCCAAACUUCUGAGGGAGUUUCAGCUGAUCCCAAAGCUGCUGCUGACCCUGAGAGACACAUCACUGUCGCAGCCCACUGUAGCUGCCAUCAGCAACGUGCUCAGUCUGCUGCUGCAGGGAUUCCCCAACCCGUAUGACCUGCUGCGUUUUGGCCAGUUCAUCUCCUCCACGCUUCCCACAUUUGCUGUGUGUGAGAAGUUUGUCGUCAUGGAAAUCAAUAACGAGGAGAAGAUUGAUGGAGGUAAUGACGACGAUUUUGGCGGCCUGCUGUCAGCCAACCUCAUUCUGCUGAGGAACCGACUGUUGGACAACCUGCUCAGACUGCUCUUCACCACCAAAGAGAAAUGCGCCGUUAAUGCCCAGGCGUGCGAGGAGCUGGUGCGGACGCUGGGCUUUGAUUGGCUCCUGAUGUUCAUGGAGGAGCAUCUCCACUCGAGCACGGUGACGGCAGCCCUGUGGAUCCUGGUGGUGCUGCUCUCCAACCAGUCCAUCCUCAACCGCUUCAAAGAGGGUCUGUGCGGGGGAGGCUGGCUGGACCACACCGACUCUGUCCUGACCAAUAAGAUCGGUACCGUGCUGGGUUUCAACGUGGGCCGCAGCGCUGGCGGACGCUCCACGGUGCGAGAGAUCAACCGGGACGCUUGCCACUUCCCAGGAUUCCCUAUGCUGCAGACACUGCUUCCCAAACACACCAAUGUGCCUGAGCUCUACUUCCUGCUCAUGGCUGUCUUCCUUCAGCAGCCAGUCACUGAGCUGCCAGACAGCCUGCAGGUACAUUUCGACCUGGACUCCAUCUGGACGUUCAUCUUUGGCAUGCCGGCCUCCAGUGGGACAGUGAUGGGCUCCAUCCACAGCGUGUGCACCGAGGCUGCGUUCCUGCUGCUGGCCAUGCUCCGCAGCAUGCUCAACCUGCCGUGGCAGUCGGAGGAGGAAGGUUCCUGGCUCAGGGAAUACCCCGUCACCCUCAUGCAGUUCUUCAGGUACCUUUACCACAACGUGCCCGACCUGUCGCAGAUGUGGCACAGUCCUGAGUUCCUCUGUGCCCUGGCAGCCGCUGUCUUCCCCUUCAACAUCAGGCCCUACUCUGAGAUGGUCAGUGAUUUGGACGACGAAGCGGGGUCUCCCACUGAAGAAUUCAAGGCCUUUGCUGGGGACUCUGGUAUGAACCGCAGCCAGUCUGAAUACUGCAACGUGGGCUCCAAAACGUCCCUGACCAACCACCCGGCCAAAAAGUACGUCUUCGACUUCAUGAGGGUCCUGAUCAUGGACAAUCUGUGCAUGACCCCAGCCAGCAAGCAGACGCCCAUCAUCGACCUUCUGCUGGAGGCCUCGCCAGAGCGCUCCACCAGAACUCAGCAGAAGGAGUUUCAGUCCAACAUCCUGGACGGUGUCAUGGAGCAUCUGCUGGCUGCUGAUGUCCUGCUAGGUGAAGACGCCUCUCUGCCCCUCAGCAGCAGUGGCAGUUAUCAGAUUCUGGUCAACAACGUCUUCUACUUCACUCAGCGGGUGGUGGACAAGCUGUGGCAGGGCAUGUUCAACAAGGACUCCAAGCUGGUGGUGGACUUCAUCGUGCAGCUCAUAGGACAGUCUAAGAGGCGUUCCCAGGGCCUUUCCCUCGACACCAUCUACCACUGUCUGAACCGGACGGUGCUCUACCAGCUCUGUCGACCCCACAAGACGGUAGCUCAGCAGGUGGCCCUGCUGGACGCCCUGCGGGUCCUGACCGUCAACCGCAACCUGGUGCUCGGGCCGGGCAACCACGACCAGGACUUUGUGGCCUGCCUGGCUCACUGCUUCAUCUGCCUGCACAGCGGAAAUAGCGUGGAGGGCUUUGGUCUGGAGGCGGAGGCCAGGAUGACGACCUGGCACGUCAUGAUCCCCACGGAAAACGAGGCUGAUGCCACGCACAGCCACGACGUCAGCGAGGGGCGGCAGCUGCUGCUGAAGGCGGUGAACCGCGUGUGGACCGAGCUGAUGCACAGCAAGCGUCAGAUGCUGGAGGACAUCUUCAAAGUGUCUCUGCCCUGUAAUGACAGAGGCCACGUGGACAUCGCCACAGCCCGGCCUGCCCUGGAGGAGCCGGCCCUGAAGAGCUGGCAGAGCCACCUGGCCCAUGAGAAAAAGUGCAUCAGCCGUGGUGAGGCGGUGGCACCGGCCACCCAGUCCAAACUGUCCCGGGUCAGCAGCGGCUUCGGUCUCUCCAAGCUGACGGGCGUCCGCCGCAACAAGAAGGAGAACAGCCUGAACAAGAACAGCCUGUCUGCGCAGGAGACUUUCCAGUGGAUGUUCACACACAUCGCUGUUGUUCGGGACUUGGUGGCCAUGCAAUACAAAGAAUAUCAAGAGCGGCAGCAGAACGCCCUGAAGUAUGUGACGGAGGAGUGGGCAUCCAUCGAAUACGAGCUGCUGCGGGAGCGGGGCCUCUGGGGCCCCCCCAUCGGCUCCCACCUGGACAAGUUUGUGCUGGAGAUGACGGAGGGGCCCUGCCGGAUGAGGAAGAAGAUGGUCCGCAAUGACAUGUUCUAUAUCCACUACCCGUACAUCCCGGAGACGGAGACAAACACCAACUCGGCACAGAAGCCUCUGCGUUACCGGCGAGCCAUCAGCUACGACAGUAAGGAGUACUACAUGCGUUUGCUGUCCGGAAACCCCGGCAUGUACCAGCACUCUGUGGAGCACAACACGGAGGGAGAGACCACGCAGCAUGAGCCCGAGCACGGAGAGGACACCAUAGCAAGGGUCAAAGGUCUGGUGAAGGCUCCUCUGAAGAGGUCUCGGUCCACAGCGGACGGCGCAGACGAGGACAGUCAGGAGCAGCUUCAGGAGCAGCUGUUAGAGUCAGGAGGCCCCGAGGAGGAGCAGAGGACCGACAACACGUCACUGCUGCGCCUCCUGGAGGAGGGAGAGAAGAUUCAGCACAUGUACCGCUGUGCCAGAGUGCAGGGUCUGGACACCAGCGAGGGUCUGCUGCUGUUUGGGAAGGAGCACUUCUACGUCAUCGAUGGCUACACCAUGACCAUGUCCAGGGAGAUCAGGGACAUCGACACGCUGCCAGCCAAUUUGCAUGAGGCCAUCAUCCCCAGAGGAGCGAGACAAGGUCAGAGCCAGUUAAAGAGAACCUGCAGCAUCUUCGCCUACGAAGACAUCAAGGAGGUGCACAAGAGACGCUACCUGCUGCAGCCCAUGGCGGUGGAAGUCUUCUCAGCAGAUGGGAGGAACUACCUGUUAGCCUUCCAGAAAGGAGUCCGCAACAAAGUUUACCAAAGGUUCUUGGCCGUGGUGCCUUCACUGGCCGACAGCUCAGAGUCAGUUUCAGGCCAGAGGCCCAACACCAGCGUCGAACAAGGAUCGGGCUUACUCAGCACGCUGGUUGGUGAGAAAUCAGUGACUCAGCGAUGGGAGCGAGGAGAGAUCAGUAACUUCCAGUACCUGAUGCAUCUGAACACCCUGGCAGGACGCUCCUACAACGACCUGAUGCAGUACCCGGUCUUCCCCUGGAUCCUGGCCGACUACGACGCUGAGGAGCUGGACCUGAGUAACCCCAAGACGUUCCGUAACCUCGCCAAGCCGAUGGGCGCCCAGACCGAUGACAGACUCACCCAGUACAAGAAGAGGUACAAGGACUGGGAAGACCCCAACGGCGAAACCCCGGCCUACCACUACGGCACCCACUACUCGUCAGCCAUGAUCGUGGCCUCGUAUCUGGUCCGAAUGGAGCCUUUCACGCAGAUUUUCCUCAGACUUCAGGGAGGCCAUUUCGACCUGGCUGACAGGAUGUUCCACAGCGUACGCGAAGCCUGGAUGUCCGCCUCCAAACACAACAUGGCCGACGUCAAGGAGCUCAUCCCCGAGUUCUUCUACCUGCCAGAGUUCCUGCUCAACUCCAACAACUUUGACCUGGGUGCCAAGCAGAACGGCACCAAGCUGGGUGACGUGAUCCUGCCACCUUGGGCCAAGGGCGACCCCCGAGAGUUCAUCAGAGUCCACAGAGAGGCGCUGGAGUGCGACUACGUGUCGGCCCACCUCCACGAAUGGAUCGACCUGAUUUUCGGCUACAAGCAGCAGGGUCCGCCGGCUGUGGAGGCGGUCAACGUCUUCCACCACCUGUUCUACGAGGGUCAGGUGGACAUCUACAACAUCAACGACCCGCUCAAAGAGACCGCCACCAUCGGCUUCAUCAACAACUUCGGACAAAUCCCCAAACAGCUGUUUAAGAAGCCCCACCCUCCCAAACGGGUUCGCAGCAAAGCCAACGGCGACGUAGCGAGCGUUCCUCCGAGCUCCAACAGUGACAAGAUCUUCUUCCAUCAUCUGGACAAUCUCAGACCUUCGCUGGCGCCCGUCAAAGAGCUGAAGGAGCCUGUGGGACAGAUCGUGUGCACCGACAAGGGCAUUCUCGCUGUGGAGCAAAACAAAGUUCUGGUUCCCCCCACCUGGAGCAAGACCUUCGCCUGGGGCUACGCCGACCUCAGCUGCCGUCUGGCUAACUAUGAAUCUGACAAGGCGUUGGUGGUGUACGAGUGUCUGUCGGAGUGGGGUCAGAUCCUGUGUGCCAUAUGUCCAAACCCGAAGCUGGUUAUCACCGGUGGCACCAGCACCGCCAUCUGUGUGUGGGAGACAGGAACCUCCAAGGAGCGGGCCAAGUCGCUCACCCUCAAACAGGCUUUACUGGGCCACACGGACGCCGUGACGUGCCUCACGGCCUCGUCAGCGUACCACAUUGUUGUCAGCGGUUCACGGGAUCGAACCUGCAUCAUCUGGGAUCUCAACAAGCUGUCCUUCGUCACGCAGCUCAGGGGACACCGGGCACCCGUCUCUGCUCUGUGUAUCAAUGAACUGACGGGGGACAUCGUGUCCUGUGCAGGUACCUACAUCCACGUGUGGAGCAUCAACGGCAGCCCCAUCGCCAGCGCCAACACCUUCACGGGACGCAGCCAGCAGAUCCUGUGCUGCUGCGUGUCCGAGAUGAACGAGUGGGACACUCAGAACGUGAUAGUCACCGGCCACUCGGAUGGUGUCGUCAGGUUUUGGAGAAUGGAGUUCCUCCAAGUCCCAGAAACCCCUGCUCCAGAGCCAAUUGAGCCAGAUGUGCCUGACUGCUGCGGCGAGGAGAAGAUUGAGGGUGGCGAGAGUCACAACGGUGACGACGACAGUAGCGAGUCAGAGGGAGACGAGCCGAGUCUGAGCCAGGAGCCCAAAGUACCACGCAACCCGUCGACGGGUGGAGGCAGCCAGCCGGGCAGCGCCGUCCACAGACCCAGAGGUCCUUCAGCCCGAGCGGGAGCCUCUUGGUCCAUGGACAGCGGCUCUGACGACUCCCACCGCUGGUCGGACACCCUCAGCAUCGACGAGAAGGACGGCUUCGUGUUCGUCAACUACUCCGAGGGCCAGACCAAAGGCCCUCACCCACAUCCAGCUCAUCCAGGUCAGGGCUCGGUGCCUCAGCCUCUCCAGCCCACUACCAUGGAGGCACGGACGUAUAACCAGCUCAGGGCAGGCCACAGAUGGGAACGCCAGCUGGUCUUCCGGAGCAAACUCACCAUGCACACAGCGUUUGAUCGCAAGGACAAUGCUCACCCAGCAGAGAUCUCCUCCCUCGCCAUCUCCAAGGACCACAGUAAGAUCCUGGUGGGCGAUGGACGCGGUCGGGUCUUUAGCUGGUCGGUCAGCGACCAGCCGGGUCGCUCGGCGGCGGAUCACUGGGUGAAGGAUGAGGUGGUCGACAGCUGCUCCGGCUGCACAGUUCGCUUCUCCCUCACCGAGCGGCGCCAUCACUGCAGGAACUGCGGGCAGCUCUUCUGCCAGAAGUGCAGUCGCUUCCAGUCAGAGAUCAAACGGCUGAAGAUCUCGUCACCGGUGCGAGUUUGUCAGAACUGUUAUUACAACCUGCAACAUGAGCGAAGCGUCGAGGACGGCUGCAGAAACUGAGCUCCGCCUCCACCUGCUGCCGCCGAAAGAAACGCCUCGUCCUGAGGACUCCUACCUGAGGAGCAUUUCAUUCCUCCAUCUGCCUUGUUGUUCCCUAAACACCUCCCACAUAACCCAAAACUCUCUCCCUCAACCCUCCACCAACCCCACCCUGCAUCCUCUCGUUCGUACAGUAACCACAUGCACAGUAACUCACUGGCAAGUAACCGGAGGAAACGUCGGCUCAGCAGAGGAGACGGGAAAAGAAAAAGAGGAGAAGAGGAUCAGAAGGAAAUGAAAGAAACUCAAUCACCACUUCACCACCUGCACUCGUCCCCUGGAGGGGGGAAAAAAGAAAAAGCAAACACACUCUGGACGCGGCACGCUUGAAUCAAUCACCCGCCAUCGUUGCUUUGAGUUGGAGAGCAGGGAAAAGACUCUUCCUCUUUCACCGCAAGACAUAACAAACUUGUUUAUAUUGUAAAUAACUACCAUGGCCUUUUUAACGCUAAGAGGAACAAACAGAACAAAGUAUAAGGUCAAUGAGAAAAACAAAAAACAACAAAACAAAUUGCCUGUAACAUAGCGUUGUGACUAACCACUCCUGGCUUUAAAAAAAAAAAAAUCGAUUGUGUGUAGUCUGCGUCACGAGUCACGGCAAGUUCAGAGGAGUAACACGGAGGGAGGGAGGGACAUGAAUGUCAGUAAUCACCGUCUGUGGGUUGGACUUACUGCUGGGUCUAGUUAUGCAAAAUGACUUAUUUUCUUUAUGAUUUCCCGAUCGUUUCUUUUGUCGUUGUUUACAAAAAAUGUGAUUUAUUUUGUGAGCGUGCGCUGCCCACAGUGUCAAGCCGUCACCAUCAGAGAGAGAUUUAUUAUCAGGUCGUCGUUUCCUGUUUUUUUUUUUUUGUUUUUUUUGCCAAAUUGUCUCAGUGAAUCACUUUUGAUGAUUUUUUAUUUUUUUUAAGCCGACAUCGGUUCUGUCCUUCCUAUGAAUUCCCAUUCGGAGAAUCUUUGGGUUGUUGUUGCUGCUUUUUUAAAAAACUGGACACGUUAUCAUUUCACAUUUUUUUAUUGUAUUUUAUUUUAUUUUAUUUUUUUUAAAGAAAACCAUAUCACUCCAUUUGUUAUGAGAUUUUUUAGUGUUCAUCAUCAUUGGUGACAAAAAUAUGAAUUAGGUAAAAAAGCAAAAAAAACAAAAAACAAAACGCGCACAUGAGAAAUUGCUGCACAUUUAUUUUCCACUGUCUUUUUUCCAUUUAGCCUCCUUCAGUUACUGUACAGCGCAGACGCAGCUUUUCGAAUGCACACAGGAAAGGGACUCUUCGUUUGAACUGUAGUUUUUAUUUCUGUACAGAUUUGUGGUUUGCUGGACUGAACUCCGAUCCUGUGGCAUUAUUACAGCAGAUCAGCAAACGCGGCACUCCACACACUUUAUCCUCGGCCCCCUGUAGAAGACGACGUUAAACCGGAGGAGCAGCAGCCAAGCACCUUUCAAAGAGUUGUUUUCAGAAUGGAGGGAAAGCUCGUAGGCGUCAGGGGAGAUGUAAAUAAUCAUGACUUUGUUGCAGUUGUGGCACAGAUGCAGGAAAUAUAACGUCAGCGAGUGACUGAUUAUACGUCUUAGUGACUGAGCUCAGUGCAGGAAGAUGAAACGUGUAUUUUGAGGUGACAGCUUACACUGAGAGGAUGAAAUCAGCCUUGUUUAGUUUAACUCGACGUGCAUAUCAUUUGCUUUGGGUGAUGAGGAACCUGUUGAGGUCCUGAGUCUCGUUAUCGUAAAUUUUAGCUGAUGGAAGGAUUUCAAUAAGAAAUCAUGUUGUUUUUAGUUGAAAUUUGGGUCAAACAUUAGUUUAGAGUUAUUAAGAAGUUACCUGUGAACAAAUCUGUGAGGUUUAAUAUGAUUUUGUACAUUUGUCCGUAUUGUUUUGCACUGUUUGGGCUUUAGUUGUGAGUUUUUCUGGUCAUUAUCCCUCCUGCUGUGUCACUGACUGUCGUGCCAUAAACUCACAUUGAAACACAAAAACAAGACAAGAAAAAAAGACAACAAAGGACGAGGACAGCAUGAAAGAGGACAUGAUGAGACGUCUCGUCAUUAUUCAGGGAAACAGAUGAGCAACUAAAAGCAACACAGAUCAUGGUGGACACGGUGCAGGGAUGAGAUCAGUUAAAGUCACAACAGUAAACAAUGAGGACAAGAACAAAUCGUGGCCGUCCAGGGAAAAACGCGCUUCCUGUUUUUAGAUUUAGGUUUGUAAGAUAAAUGUGUUUAUGUGGUGUCGUCUUUGAUGCCACCACCAGGAGCCGCCAAAAUCCGAAACGUUGGAGACAGACGAGUCAGUGCAGAGAGAAAAAUAACCCGGUUUAAAAACAGAUUGAGGCCCAUACUAUCCGAUUUUCUGUCGUUUAACGAGACUCACACAACAGUUUGUCAUUUAUACCAGUUUAUAAAUUGUCACCACAAAAUCCAGUUUCACUGUGCGGCUCCUGCUGCUGCUGCUGUGGCCUCAGUGGUCAGACACAGAGAAAGUGCUGUUUCUUUCAUGAGAAGACUGAACACGUUGUUUUCUUUCGUUUGUCGCUCCCCUCGUCCCGCUUCACACGCGUGUUCGUGUUGUUUUGUUUUGUUGGUUCUGUGGGCGACACCUGUGCGUCCUUUCUUUGUGUUUCCCACUGGUCUUCACAGACUCUCGAACAUGUGACACAGAUCCCUGACGUUAUACUAAUAAUAUGCACUCGUCGUUGUCCGUCUUAUAUCAUUCUGCAUUUUAUGUACUGUAAUUUAGCGUGCAAUCAUGUCAUCCAGCUGAAAAGGCCGAGUCGGCUUCUAUCAAUCAAGAGUUCCUUUGCACCUUCACGUGUACAAAAAAAAAAGAAAAGAUAGAAAAGUCAAGAGGAAUCACAGGUUUUUAUUGAAUGCAGUUUUACGUUGUCAUUUUAACAGAAGGUGCAUUUCACAGCGGAUAAAUGAACUGUACAAAGUAUUUAUGCAAUUAUAACUGGUUUUAGAUUUUUUUAAUGAUUAUUGCGAUUUCAGCAAGUUUUGUUACUUGUUGCAUGUCUAUUAACACAGCUGACUUUCUGUGUCAGUGCAUUGUACAUGUUCUCGGCAUUAUAUUAUCAUGUUUGUUUGUUUUUGUUGGUUCUUUUCUCCUUGGGUUUGUUUUUUUUUGUUUUUUUUUUUUUUUUGGAGGCAUUGUCUGAUGAGUUACCCCGAGUGACCGAGCGUCAGGUUUGUGUACAGAGCUGCAGAUCGUGUCCCCAACUCUGGGUGGACUUUUGUAUUCUUUAUGGAGAAAAAUUGACUAGUGAAGAGAAGAAGAAGAAGAAGAAGAAGGAGGAAAAAAAGAGAAAAUCCUGAAUUAUUUUGGUGGUCUUGUAUUAGACUGCAUUACUACAGUAUCUGGUGUGCAAUCUGUGAUAGCUGAAUGUUCCUUGUAUAUUUGUGUUCACUACAUCCUGCAAAAGAAAAAACUGUAGAGUAACCCCCACCCCUUACAAAAACAAGAUGUUACAAUAAUGCAAUAGAUCUGGUACUUAUUCUUUUUAAUUUCAUUUCAAUAAAUAAUUGCUGUUUACCACCA